AUGCGGCGCCAGCGGUGGGUGCUGCAGCGUCACUGCUCUGGCUCUUUUACAGCGACGGCUAUUGGCCGCGCAACAAUUCGGCAAGGGACAUCCUUGUCGUCACUUACUUCUUUGGGGGCGACCGCGGCGAAGCCGGCGACGAGGAUCCGCGGACGUGUGGAGACGACACGCGUUCGCGGAAAGAUCGCUUUUAUUCACCUUCGCCAGCCGCCCUGUCACUCUAUUCAGGUGGUGGCAUCUGCCGCGGACAUCGUGCGGCGGGUGAAGGAGCUCACGCCAGAGUCCAUCAUCGACGCGACCGGCACUCUUGUGCCUGCGGAGCGACCUGUGACUUCCGCCAGCUGCAAGAAUUAUGAACUCCACGCGGAGCGUGUCGAUGUGGUUAGCAGGGCGGCCACGCCGCUCCCUUUUCCCAUAAAAGAUUGCAACACCAGGCUGGACACGCGCCUGAACCAUCGUGUCAUGGGCAUGCGCACACCACUGGCAGCAUCGGUGCUCCGCCUCGUGUCUGCCCAUGCGCGUGCGUGUUUAUGCCUGUGCAGUCGUACCGCGGGUCCCAUGGACCACGGGAAAACAAAUGAAAGUGCGGCUUCACACAGCGCGCACGGAAUGAAUGAACGCGUGCAUUUCUGUGAUGGUGUUUUUCUCCCUCCGUUGGUUGUUUUUUUCCUCUUGCACGCGUUUUCUCUCCAUCACCCCCGGUUAGACAGAGACCCCUGCGGGCAUACGUAG